ACGUGUUCUGCUUGAGGCCCUCUGUAAAUGAAAAGCCCGGGGCGAAGGUCCCAGGGAAUGAUUGAAUUUCGCUAGCCGAGAAAAACACGAAGCUGGACCGUGAACCGUGAACCGUGAACCGUGACCCCCUUCGAGAGCUGACAACAAUACUAAGCAGGCAACGAAUCAAUGUGUUUCGUUCAAGGAGGAGCCUCGCAUGACAUUCCUCGUCAAAGGGAAGAAGCACCACCAUAGUGUGCUCUUCAAAAGACGAGCCCCAGCCAGCUCAGGUCUUGUGUCAUCAUCAUCAUCUAUUUCUUCAGGGGGGCAGUUCGAUCGAGCGCUUCACGACGAUCACGAGAACAAGAAGCCCGAAUUUACUAGCGAAGAGCCUGUGGAGAACGAGGAAGAGGCUGUCGAGAAACGUUUCUACGUGUACAGACCGGCAAACACACCUAUCACAAUGUCAGCCAAGACGGCUCGCCCAAUGAUUCCUGAUCUUUUCACAAGCUUCCCACCUCUCCGCGAUCCCCUAGACACACAGACAUCUCAGGUUCAAGACGAGACAAUUCGCGAGUGUCUCCGUUUCCUCUCGGGGACCCAGAGAGUAACAUGUAACGAUCACGGGGUUCCGCAUCUGGAUCGCAAGCGCCAUAUUCAAUUCCUGCAUAAGAGCCUGAAGGGCCUGCCAGCGGGAUAUGCUGCCGCUGAUGCGAGCAGACCAUGGAUGUUUUACUGGGCUUUGGCCGGUCUUUCAGUCAUGGGUGAGGAUAUCUCUGAAUAUAGAGAGCGACUUAUUUCUACUGUUCGACCGAUACAGAAUGCAACUGGGGGGUUUGGGGGAGGAAAUGGCCAAAUGUCACAUCUAGCCCCUACAUAUGCUAUUAUUUUAUCCCUGGCCAUGGUGGGUGGAAGGGAGGCUCUUGAUCUGAUUGAUCGAAGAGCCAUGUGGAAAUGGCUUGGGGCAUUGAAACAACCAGAUGGAGGGUUCCAGAUGUCUGUUGGAGGGGAGGAGGAUGUCCGUGGUGCUUAUUGUGCCGUUGUUGCAAUUACUCUCCUGAAUCUACCCUUGGACCUACCACGAGAAUCUCCCGCAUGGUCACGUGAAGGUGAUACAUUGCUCACAGGACUUCCUGAAUGGCUUGCGAGAUGUCAAACCUUCGAGGGUGGGAUCUCUCACAAGCCCGAUGCGGAAGCCCAUGGAGCUUAUGCCUUCCUUGCUCUGGCAUGUUUAUGCAUUCUGGGCGCUCCGCACGUCACAAUACCCAAGUACCUUGAUGUCCCUCUACUCACCUCUUGGUUAUCAGCCCGCCAAUACGCCCCGGAAGGUGGCUUCGCAGGUCGGACAAACAAACUCGUCGACGGCUGCUACAGCCAUUGGGUUGGAGCGUGCUGGCCACUUGUUCAGGCAUGCCUUGAUGGCCCUUCUCUGAAACCAAGCGUGGGUGCGAAAUAUCCCGUAGCACCUGCGCCUUCAGUUGGAAGUCUGUACAGUCGUGAGGGCUUAAUCAGAUACAUUUUGUGCUGUUGUCAGGAUCAGACAAAGCGCGGAGGCUUAAGAGACAAGCCUAGCCAUAACUCUGAUUCAUACCAUACCUGCUAUGUGCUCGCCGGUCUCAGCUCCGCGCAACACAAGUGGCAUUUCACCACCGCUACCACGGAGGUGGACUCCAGUGGGACUUUGCUCUCAGCGUACCAGUGGCAAUCCGAACCGAUCAUUGAGGAAACGCAGGUAUAUGACGAGGAGGACCGGGUAGGGACUCUGCAUCCAGUCUUUGUGAUCCCUGAAGGAAUAGCAGAGAAAACUCGAGAGUAUUUCGAAUCAAAGGGCGGAUUUUAGAACGGUGCGGCAUACACGUGCUUUCUUUUCAGGGCCUGGAUGAGGAGUACAGGAUAUAGGCUAGGCGUACUACGAGUUUGGCAUAACAGCAGUCUCGACUCGACUGUAGGAUGAUGGAAGAGUAAUUGUCUCGAUGACCCUUUGAACGGACGAGAAAGGGCCGUUUCAAAAUGCUUUAGCCAGAGAUAAUUAUAGGAUUCCGAAUUCAGGC